AUGGGGUUAGAUUUGCCGAGUUUCGAUGAAUUACCUCCCGUCGAGGGCAUGCCUCAGGGCUGUGCGUGGGGGGUUUUUAAUCGUGACGGCGAGAAGGAUAUCUUUGGUACCUUGAAUAUUUUGACUCCUGAUGUGGUCAAGGCUGCGGCGCAGGAGGUACAGGAUGGCAUUUCGAUUUCGCUGAAUUGGCCUAUUGGGAGCAUCAAGAUCCCCGGCUUCUUUAGGAAGAGUCUCACACACAAGGUCAUGAAACUGGAAGAUCCAUCAGCCGAUUUGCAUUAUGGCUUCGAUGAUGAGGUCGAAUUCAACACCCAGGCAAGCAGCCAGUGGGACAGUCUUUGUCACUUCAUGCACCUGCCAUCCGGAAAAGCAUACAAUGGAGUUACCCCAACAAUCGCCGAGAUGGAAGAUCCCGCCAACGCGACCCAGAAGCUACCCACCCUUGACAACUGGCACAAACGCGGCUGCAUAACCGGAAGAGGCGUCCUAAUCGACUUCAAAUCCUACGCCGAAAAAAAGGGCAUCACAUACUCCCCCUUCACAGGCUUCCGAAUCAGCCCAUCCGACAUCGAAGCAGUGGCCGCUUACCAAGGCGUAACCUUCAAACCAGGAGAUAUCCUAAUCAUCCGAUUCGGCGUCACAGAAGCGUUAGGAAACAUGACGGGCGCAGAACAAGCAGCAGCCAUGGCAAGUUACAACGCAUGUGGCAUCGAGGGAACAAUUGAGAUGGCACGCUGGCUUUGGAAUAAUCACUUUGCCGCCAUUGCCAGUGACAAUCUCGCGGUCGAAGCUAUGCCGCCCAUGGAAAAUGGGGAGGUUCUUCCACUCACGAGCCUGGUGCUGCAUCAGUGGUGCCUUGGGCUUUUCGGAAUGCCGUUGGGUGAAUUGUGGGAUUUGAAGGCGUUGGCGGACGUGUGCGAGGAGAAGAAGCGAUAUUCGUUUCUCCUUACGUCUGCUCCUCUCAAUGUGCCCGGUGCUGUUGGGAGUCCCCCAAAUGCGAUUGCGAUUCUGUGA